CCAUGGGAGGCUCCAGCACGCUGCAAAGCUUGGCCCCAAAGAACAUCUACAUCAUCGGCGCUCAGUGCACCGGCAAAACUUCCCUCGUCAAGGCCUUGGAAAAUGCUUUCCGGGAAUCACUCGGCACGACGCCUCCUGCUAUUGUGAAAGAGGUUGCGCGUUCAGUGCUGAAAACUCAUGGAUUCACAGCCAAAGACAUCACAUCGGAUCCUGGCCGGUGCCUGCAGUUGCAGACGCUGAUACUGGAAGCCCAAUUCAGUACCGAGCGAGAGGCUCUGGCCAAGAAUGGCUGGAUCAUAUCGGAUCGGUCUGGAAUGGAUCCCAUCAUAUACGCGUCUCGUCAUAUCGGAAGCGAAGCCGUGGAACUCAUGGUUUCAUCUGAUUACUGGAAAGAGCUGAGAGAUCGAAUGUCACAUUCUCUCGUAUUUGUAUGCGAAACAGUGGAGGCUUGGCUUGUAAGUGAUGGAGUCAGGCUUAUGCCGAGAGACCUGCAGGAUUGGAGCGAGUACGACGAGGAGUUCUGUCGUAUGCUGGACAGCGCGGGAAUUCAUUAUCAGAUGAUUCCACGGUCGAUGCAGAAUCUCGAGGAUAGAGUCGCCCAUGUAUGGUCAGAGUGGAAGAAGGCGUAUGCUCCGUGAAGCAGUAUAACUUUAAAUGUUGUGGCGUGCUAGGUGCUAGCAUUAGUGGCGCCAAGCACUGAAGCCACUGGGUCAAGAACAUCAACGUCC